AUGCCGUGGUUUAUAUUUCUUUACAUCUUGUUAUUCGAAUGUGUUAAAGCGUGGAGAGUUGAGAUAAACUUCGAUUGUCAUGGGUAUUUCGCGAAAAAUGAGGUAAAUUUUACAUUUUUAUAAAACUUUAGUAUUUUAUGUUUAGAUUAUAGAGUUGUUUUCUUAUGUAAGAAAAAAUAGAAAAAACGUGGAAGAAAAGAUCAUGAAAUCAACCAAACUUACAGGACCAGAAGGACAAUAUUCUGUGGAUAUUGAAGGUGAUAUACCAAAGAUUCUGGUCUUCAAAAUGUAAGCACUUUGACAUUUCGUUGCGUAAAUCAUAAGACUUAAGUAAGUACCAAAACAAUUUACAGAUACCACUACUGCCCUCCUUCAAAACCAGCCUCUUCCCAGUACAAAGAAGAAGAUGAUCAAUGUCGUGUCCAGAAGACAAUAAUAAGAACCAAAAAUGCAGAAUUAAUAUCCGACCUCAAAGGCAAAGCUUUCGUUAACAUCUGGGACUUGAGCUCAACUGAGGAAGAAUGCCCUGAAGUUGUGUUUGAAGAAGAUACCACUACUGUAGCAAUUACAACAAGUGAAGAAUUAACAACCUUUUUGACUACAGAUAUGGAAACAUCUACAGAUAGCAUAGAAACCGUAAGUGUAGAAGAAAGUACGCAAGGUUCAAUCACUUCUCCCAAGAAUAGUGAUGGUGAUGCGACUAAAACUAUAUCACAAAGUGAUGAUACAUUUACGAGGACUACAAAUGAAAAAGAAAGUAAAACACCACAAACUACAAGUUCUGCUACAUCAAAAAAGCCACCAAAAACUGCUUCAACCACAAAAAGUACAACAAGUAAGAUAACAUUACUUUGAUCACAGAUAACGUUCUCUCAUCCUAUACUUUUCCAAACCUGACAUAAUAAAUAAAAGAACUUACAUUAGUAUCCAUUCCAAUCUAUUUUAGCAUUGCUUUUUAUCUUCUAUAACUGAAACUUGAAUUUAGCUUCAUCCACAUCAACUUCUACUGCAAUCUCAAAAAGAACAUCCAUAACUACCACAACCACCAUUUCAACAACCGAAGAAUACAUAGAAGACCCUGAUCGAUGGGAUACAGCUACUGAAGUUUAUGUUGAAAUUGACGUUGGCCAAUACGACGCGUUCUUGGGCGGCAUCUUCAAGUUCAAUCCCAAUAUUAUGUUGAUUGUGGUUUUCCUUGUAAUAAAUAUUAGAAGAUAG